GGCUCCCCCCCUUCCCCGAGCCAGGCGGAGCUGGAGCUGGGAGCGACCGUCGUUCCUCGCUGCCGCCGCCUCUCCCCAGUGACCGAAGGCACCGGCGCCGCCCGGCGGGACCCUCUUUCGCCGCCCGACGCUUAAUUCCCGCCGUCGCCUCUCGCUGGAGCCGGCGCUGCCCCCGCGGAGCAGCCAUGAGCUGGGGCACGGAGCUGUGGGAUCAGUUUGAUAACUUGGACAAGCAUACACAGUGGGGCAUUGACUUCUUGGAGAAAUAUGCAAAAUUUGUAAAAGAAAGGAUAGAAAUUGAGCAAAACUAUGCAAAACAACUGAGAAAUCUGGUUAAGAAGUACUGUCCUAAACGUUCAACCAAAGAUGAGGAACCCAGGUUUACUUCGUGUAUUGCCUUUUUUAACAUCCUUAAUGAGUUGAAUGACUAUGCAGGACAACGAGAAGUAGUUGCAGAAGAAAUGGGACACAGAGUGUACGGAGAAUUGAUGAGAUAUUCUCAUGAUCUAAAAACUGAGAGAAAAAUGCAUCUUCAGGAAGGGCGAAAGGCUCAGCAGUAUCUGGACAUGUGUUGGAAACAGAUGGAUAAUAGCAAAAAGAAAUUUGAGAGAGAAUGCAGAGAGGCAGAGAAGGCACAGCAAAGCUAUGAAAGACUGGACAACGACACUAAUGCGACAAAGGCUGAUGUUGAGAAGGCUAAGCAACAGUUAAACCUGCGCACGCAUAUGGCUGAUGAAAACAAAAAUGAAUACGCUGCACAACUACAGAAUUUUAAUGGAGAGCAACACAAACACUACUACAUUGUCAUUCCUCAGAUUUACAAGCAACUCCAAGAAAUGGAUGAAAGAAGGACUAUCAAACUUAGUGAAUGUUACAAAGGCUUUGCUGACUCUGAGCGCAAGGUUAUUCCGAUUAUCUCUAAAUGUCUAGAAGGGAUGAUCCUUGCAGCAAAAUCUGUUGAUGAACACAGAGACUCUCAACUAGUGAUAGACUGCUUCAAAUCCGGUUUUGAGCCUCCUGGAGAUUUUCCAUUUGAAGAUUACAGUCAGAAUAUUUACAGAACCAUCUCUGAUGGAACCAUCAGCACACCAAAGCAGGAAGGAAUGAGAAUUGAUUCAAAAACUACAGUGGGCAAGGCUAAAGGAAAGCUGUGGCUAUUUGGAAAGAAGCCAAAGCCACAAUCCCCACCCCUAACCCCUACUAGUUUAUACACAUCCAGUACUCCUAAUGGGUCCCAGUAUCCCAUAUUCUCCAUUGAACCAGUGCAUUAUUGCAUGAGUGACAUAAAAACAGGGAAGCCCAGAAUUCCUUCUUUCAGAAGCCUCAAAAGAGGGUGGUCGGUGAAGAUGGGCCCUGCACUAGAAGACUUCAGCCAUCUCCCUCCAGAACAAAGACGCAAGAAACUGCAACAGAGAAUCGAUGAACUCAACAGAGAACUCCAGAAGGAAACAGACCAAAAAGAUGCCCUCAUCAAGAUGAAGGAUGUUUAUGAAAAAAAUCCCCAGAUGGGUGAUCCAGGCAGUUUGCAACCAAAAUUAACUGAGACUAUGAGCAACAUGGACCGUCUUCGGAUGGAAAUACACAAGAAUGAGGCUUGGCUCUCUGAGGUUGAAGGUAAAGUAGCAGCCAGGAGCGACAGGCGGCACAGCAGUGAUAUCAACCACCUCGUAACACAGGGCAGAGAGAGCCCCGAAGGGAGUUACACGGAUGAUGCAAAUCAGGAAGUUCGAGGCCCCCCACAGCAACAUGCACAUCCUAACGAGUUUGAUGAUGAGUUUGAAGAUGAUGAUCCGUUACCAGCUAUAGGACAUUGCAAGGCAAUAUAUCCGUUUGACGGUCAUAAUGAAGGCACUCUAGCAAUGAAAGAAGGGGAAAUUUUGUACAUUAUUGAGGAGGACAAAGGAGAUGGGUGGACAAGAGCUCGAAGACAUAAUGGAGAGGAAGGCUAUGUGCCAACAUCAUAUAUAGAUGUAACGCUAGAGAAAAACAGCAAAGGUGCAGUAACCUAUAUCUAACAGUAAACUGGCAACUUUCAAUUGUACAUUCCCCAGGGAAAAUAGUGGAAAAAUAGUAAGUUACACAGGUUCAUGGAAAGCAUGAGAAUAUCAGAAGUCAGCAAUGGUCUGUUGUUUGCAAUGUGAGUUUACUAUAGUUUUUUUCAGAGAUGACCAUGUUAAAUUAUGCAUUUUACACUGGUCUGUAAUUGGACCAAUGUCUUCUGCUUUGUUUAACUGAUCUAGUAUUCCUGCUUUACAAAGCACUAAAUCCAAUUCAGCUAUUAAACUGAAAAAGACCGGGGUUCCUGCUGGUUCUAUAGAAUACUUUCAUUUUUACAGAACGGAAAAAUUACUUAGUUUUAAAGAUCUCUUAAGAUUUACUGUUCCCACUUUUACGACAAACUAUACGCUUAAACCAGAGGUUUUUUCCUCUAAUAACUAACUGAACUCAGUUACUGAAAAUUAUUAAUUUCCUUCCUUAGCAAAUACUUGGCAGCUUUCACUUCUUAAACAGGAAAAUGUUUUCUGAUUCUGAAAGCUCAACAAAAACACUCAGGAAAAAAACAUUAUGAUUGAGGACAGAAAGUCCACUGACCUGCCUGUCUCCUUCCUUUUCAGUACUUGUAAUGUAGAAUGUUGUGUAUUGGACACACCUUCAUUGUUUUAACUCUAGAUACCUUGACAAAAGAAAAAAAGAGAUGACAUGUAAUGUUUGAUGAGUUACUGAAACCUUUCUCUGCUCCUGAAAAGGGAUUGAUUUUAUACUCUUAAUUUGUGCCUGUAAGCUAAAUCUUUGAAUUGCAUCGUAUUUAGUUUGAAAUCAAGGUCUUAAAUGUACAGUAGUUCCCCUCACUGAUACAUCACUGAGGAUUGGAAACUGCAUUGCACUACUUCAUUACUAGGGAAGAAAAAAAGAAAAAUAUAUUCUAAAAGCCGUGGCUCAUAUUUCUAAUGAGAGUUUGUGGAAUUAAGUACAAGGCUAACGUGUAGCCGCUGAGAAAGGCCUGUUAGAACUGAGCACGCUUCUCUGUCUUCUAAAGGCCUUCAGUAACUUUGUUCUUUUCUUUUUCCUCUUGGACUGCAGGUUCCUGAAGCGGGUUUCUGAGAAAAUGGGCGAGAUCUUGAAGGAGGUUACAUGCAGCUGCUGG